AAGACAUGUUGAUGAUGAUCCCAGACUCGGCUCGCGAGAAUGAACAAUUAUCGGCCGUGAAUAUGGCAUGAUCAAGAAGUAUGUGAUCACAUUGUUUCCAUUCCAUUCGACUAAAUUCUGGUGAAGUCCUUCCAGUGCUUGAUACUUUGCUACCAGUAAAGGGCAAAGCCAAUUGAUUGUCUGCUCAGUUAGGAUUCUGAGGAUUCUGUUUUUUUCAAAAGAUCAGUUUUAGUUGAAUCCUUUUUUUGAGCACACGAGGCAGCGAAAAAAAUGGGCGAAUCUGUGAAGCUCUCCGGAUAUGACACCACGUACAGUGUCUUGAAAGGUGGCAGCGGCGCUGAGGUGAAGAGAGGGGCGACUGUGACGGUCCACGCGACUGGCGUCGUUAAGGAGAGCGGAAAAAAAUUCUGGUCCACCAAGGACCCGGGGCAGCAGCCAUUCACCUACCAGGCGGGCGUUGGUAAUACACAAGCCCUUUAUGAAAGAUAGACAUCAAUGUCGUAUCCUGUUGGGAAUGGUGGAAUGAGGCUAGUCCUUCAUUUAUUUCCAUGUUCUUGCUCUCUAUAAAGUGAGUACCCUUGUUGCCAUCUGAUGUGUCUCGAAGAAACCCUCUGUCGUAGUUUUUGAUAGGAGUCAGUAUGCAAUUUUCGGGAAUCCUAUUUGCUGAAAAUCUCGUGCGCAUCUGUUUUUUGCAGGUAAAGUCAUUGUCGGAUGGGAUCAGGGUCUUCUCGGAAUGAAGAUCGGCGAGUCGCGAUUGGUGACUAUCCCUGCACACGAAGGCUAUGGCGCCGAGGGCUUUCCAGCCUGGGGUAUCCCGCCAGGCGGAACCCUCGAAUUCACGCUCGAAGUUCUCAGCAUCCAGUAAGCAAAAUUCGACGACUCUCGAGUCGUUUUAUCCUACGAAGAGCGAACGCUGCUGAAGAAAAAACCUGUAGCUGUUGCGGGGGCGUUUGAAGCGUGUAGUUAUAGUUGGGCUGGCGGGAGAAGCAAGGGCUUCUCCGGUUGUCUCGAUAUUUCUCUGCAAGGUGAUUUUUGAAGGUGGAGAAGAGUACCUGGAAUACAUAGGAUGAAUGCGGAUGAACUUCCCUUUUUAUCUGCGGCUGAAGCAGGAGCGGGAGCAGCCAAACUGCUGUGCUUCUUGGUGUAACUAUAGUAUCAUGAUUUCAAAGGUACUCUCGUUAAUGUAUCUCAUACUGGUAAAUCCUUCCAAGACAAUAAUGUGGCCUUCGGAGCCAUUACAAACCUUCCCCAUGCUCCUGCGAAUUAUGAGAAUCUUGUAUUUGAGCGCACUGGCAAGCGCCCUGUGUGUAUAAGUGUAUUCGUGUUACGCCC